AUUGAAAGAAAGAGUGGAGAAUUUGGAGAAAAGGAAACAAGCUUUACAAUUAAGAAACCAUUCUAAUAAUCAUGUUCAGCAAGCUAAUCUCCAUAGGGUUUCGACAAGGAUGAUAGCUGAUAAUGAUGAUUCUACAUUGCCCGUGGUUGAGCUAAGAGAUUUAGGCAAUGACGUUAUUCACAUAAUGCUAAUUAGUAGUUCCAAUAGAAGCUUCAUGCUCCACCAAGUUAUUAGUGUCAUCGAAGAGGAAGGAGGUCAAGCUGUCAACGCUAGCUUAUCCAUGGUUGGUAACAAGAUCUUUCACUUCCUACAUAUCGAAGCUAAAAUUGCGAGAGUUGGAGUAGAGACUUCAAGAGUACAACAAAGAUUGCUGAAUUUGGUAUACCGAUAUUAAAACUGAAAUUCGAAUCCGAAAAGGGAUCAAUGGCUGUU